UACAUUCUGACCUAGCGCCGAGAGUUAGAGAGGCUAGCCCAUGUCAUCAUUUCUUGUGCUCAGUUCCAUAUUCUAGGAUCACCAUCAUUUUCUCUGACCUCUCAGCUCUCUCUCUGCGCUCAAUAUGCUGUGCUCUGGACAUUUUCCCGCCCGCUCACAAUUAAUUUGAUCUGUGCUCGACAUCCCCACCACAGCGUGUGGGAGACUCGCUCAUGCAUGCUGGACAUUCUACUCUAAAUUGACUCCAUACCAGGUUACACAGCUGGCUCGCAAGGAGGACCAAACCAUCAAAUUCAGCAUUUUUUUUAAACUGCCUCAAAAAUACCCAUUCUUCCAUUCAGCAGAUUCUCCCUGACAUUAAUAUCUGGCCCUCAUAGUGUGACAUUUAGAUGUCCUGCCUGCCUUCCUUUUUGGGCACCAGUCUUGCAGAUCAUUGCUUAUUGCAUGAAAACUAAUCUUGCCAACUUAGUCCUAUAAAGGCUAGGCUUUGGAAUGACACCCCUGAUCAAUGUAAACUCACGGCAACUCUUCCGAGGAAUAAUUUCCGUUGCCAUAGUGAUUGCUUUUUGGAGGGUAUAUUUUAUAGAGAAACCAGAUCAAUGGUUGCUGCCUUUACCAUUAAUUAACUACCAAAACAGUCACGCAAAAGAACAGCUAGAGGCCCCUAGGGCUUCACGGGAAGGUGAGGACGGCCUGAACUGUACGGCCGUCGUGCUGGGAGACCCAGGUAGCCUGAAGAAGGCCAAGUGGCUGGCCCAUAACAGGGACUACAGAAGGAAAGUCAAGCUCACGGAUGAAUACUACAUAAAUGCCACUCAGGACUGCAGAAACUUUAGGUUAACGAGGGGUUACACCACUCAGGCUGUCCAUGAAGAAAUGGACUUCCCCCUGGCAUACUCUAUCGUCACCCACCAUAAGGUCGAGAACUUUGAGCGGCUCUUGCGAGCCAUCUACGCGCCCCAGAACGUGUACUGCGUCCAUGUCGACACAAAAGCCCAAGCUACCGUAGCAGCCGCCAUCGCCAACAUCGCUUCCUGUUUCCCCAACGUCUUCAUGGUCAGUCAACGCGUGAAAGUGCUCUACGCCGGCUGGACGCGGGUGCAGGCGGACCUCAACUGCAUGUCGGAUCUGCUGAACGUCAGCACGGAGUGGAAGUAUUUCAUCAACCUCUGUGGGCAGGACUUCCCCAUGAAGACCAACCUGGAGAUGGUGCGGGACCUGAAGGCUCUGGAAGGGGCAAACAGCAUACACUUUAGCCCCAUUCCCAUGGAAUUCAAAUGGAGAGUGGAAACAACUUGGGCCCCGUUGAACGGAGAUAUACAGUCAACGUGGAAGGCCAAGGGACCGGCGCCCUUCGAGCUUUCUGUGUUGAAGGGCAGCGCCUACAUUAUCGCCUCCCGGGGAUACAUCAACAGUGUGCUGACAGACAGCCGCAUCCAUGAGCUGAUGGAGUGGUGCAAAGACACUUAUAGCCCAGACGAGAUCCUCUGGGCCACCACCCAACAGAUGCCAGGAGUUCCGGGUUCCAUGUGGGCCACUUCUCCCGUGAAUCAAGCAGAUUCGAUUGCACGGCUGGUGCUGUGGAUUGGCGACGCCGAGUGUCACGGCCACUUUCUGCGGCAGCUAUGUGUGUUCGCUGUCGCAGACCUGCCUUGGAUCCUGAGCCAUCAUCACCUGUUCGCCAACAAGUUUGACGUGGAAACGGAUUCGGUCGCUGUCUUCUGUCUGGAGGAGUACCUGCAGGAGAAGAAGCUGGCGGAAAUUGAGAGUGAUGGGAAAUGAUCGCCUCCCAUGUCUUAUGAAGUGUCCUUUUGUUUUUCCGAAAGAGGUUAGCUAAUAAUAGUGCCUGUAUUGGUCCAUAUGUUAUUGCAAAAAUACUAAGGGAUGCACCGAUUCCACUUUUUGUCAAACCAAGUACAAGUAUUUAUAUUUGGGUACUUGCUGAUACCAAGUACUGAUAUUAUUACUCAAUAAUACCAUUACAGUUUAAAGAACCACUGAACCCACUAUUUAAGAGGGAAUCCGAACACUGUGAUUUGAAAAAUGUGUUUUUGGCUGAGAAUUCUAGGAGUUCCCACGACAACUUUAUGUUACUGUUUUGGACCGUUGUUGUGUAUGAGCAUUAUAAUAAGCAAGGUUGUAAAUGAAAUGUGCAACACAACAUAACGAUAUUUUAUGUGUCCGGGAAGCAUAACUCUCGGACGAGUGUAGUAAAUGAAUUACCGCUCAGACGACGCUUCACCAUCUACCCACUGUAGCGUUAUACUAUGUGUCCGGGAAGCCUAACUCUUUGAUGCGGGUAUUCAAUUAAUCUUCUAAUUUUAUUAAAGGUUAUAAUUGACUAGGUCUUAUACUUGUUAUGGCCGUAUGUUGUAGAGUCGACCAUGCCCGUCCAUUUGGAACAGAAAGUCCACUAUCCUACUAUGAUCAUAUAUUAUAGUAUUCUCAAUUGAGUGUCCUUAAAAGUAAU